AUGUAUAUUGCACAUAUACGAACGGCAAAUGCUGACGCUGAUGAUAUCCCCUACAGUGUCACGGCCCACCUCGGCAUCACCAACCAGAGACACAUCUACAACGGUGUAGCUAUUCUCAUCGCAUGCGUCUAUGUGGAGAUAGACAACACACCCGCGUUUGUCCAGGCACUCCUCCAGGGAAGUAACAACACGUGGCAACGGCUUAUGAAUGAACAGCGAGCUACGGAGCCUGCGUUGCUGUGCGAGCUACUGUCUGUCCUGGCAGUGAAUCAGGCCGUAUGCGAACCUUUAGGCCAGGCCUAUGACCCGCAAUUCCUGCGCUUAUUCCCAGAUUGCCUGGCAGUAUACCGAACUUUAGGCACCUCUGGAUUCAAUACAUCCCUCCGCACAGGUUCCGGUCUCGCCGAGCCCUCAGUUUAUAUAGUGGCUGUGCAACGCGCCAUACUCCUUCUGGCCAGGACAUACAUGGCAGCAGUACGCCGAGACGACUACACACCCAUGAGAGACCAUACCAUUACCCCUCUGCUUCAGACAGUGGUGCCGUUGUAUUGCGACGGUGCCCUAGAUGAGCACGUGCUUCUGCUGCUGGUGCAUGUGUCCACCAUCUUGAAGGUGUGUUAUGACGACACAGGUGGCAAGUUAGAAAACUAG